UGCUUGUUAGUUAGUUAAAUUAGUCACAUAAGUCCAUUUGCGUUUGCAUUUGCAUUUGCAUUUGGGAUGAGAAGAGAAACAGAGCAUAUCCAUGGCAGCCGUUAUACCCGUCAUGUGUCGGUCUCAGCAUAACACAGCAACCAAAUGCUUCACUUUCUGUCUAGGGUUUUCCUCUCGUCUUCUUCUUAUCAAUCCUCAUAAACUCACUAACCUUUUCUUCACCCCUUCCAAAAGGACCUGCACUACUCAUGUCAUUUCUCAAACUACAAAGGAAGAGAUGUUGGUAGUUGUUGGGGGUGGUGCAGCAGGGGUGUAUGGAGCAAUUCAUGCUAAGACUAUUGCACCCCACUUAAAUGUGGUCAUUAUUGAGAAGGGAAAGCCUCUUUCCAAGGUGAAAAUUUCUGGCGGAGGCCGGUGCAAUGUGACAAAUGGGCAUUGUGCUGACAAUUUGACUUUGGCAGAAAACUACCCAAGGGGUCACAAGGAACUGAGAGGAUCUUUCUUUAAUGCGCACGGUCCAGUGGAUACCAUGUCUUGGUUUUCGUCUCAUGGGGUGGAACUGAAGAUUGAGGAUGAUGGUAGAGCAUUUCCCGUAAGCAAUAGCUCUUCUUCGAUAAUUGAUUGUCUCAUGUCUGAAGUAAAGCAAAGGGGAGUUUCUAUGCAGACCAAAAAAAAUGUAACUGCAGUGUCUGUGUUAUCUGGUGGAAAAUUCCUUCUUGAGAUUAAGCAACUACCGGAAGGUUACGCAGAACAUGUUGAAGCUGAUUAUCUAUUGUUUGCUACUGGCAGUAACCGACAGGGUUAUGUACUUGCAUCUCAGCUUGGUCAUUCAAUUGUAGAUCCAGUGCCGAGCUUGUUUACAUUCAAAAUUGACGACUUGCGUUUGAAGGAGUUAUCUGGUGUUACAUUCCCUAAAGUUAAAGUGAGACUAAAAUUGGACAGUCUCCAAAAGAAUAUGCCUCAGCUUACACAGGUUGGUCCCAUGUUAGUUACACACUGGGGACUCAGCGGGCCGGCUGUUCUUCGGUUGUCUGCUUGGGCUGCUCGCUAUCUGUUUAGUUCAGGUUACAAAGGUAAGCUUAUUGUGGAUUUUAUUCCUGAUGUGCAUGUGGAAAGUUUGAAGACCGUUCUUUCCCAUCACAAGCUUCAAUUUGCGAAACAAAAAGUGCUCAAUUCGUGUCCUCCUGAAUUUGGAAUGUCAAAAAGAUUUUGGAGCUAUGUGUUGGAACGGCAGGGUGUAAGUGGAGAUAUCUUAUGGGCCUCAAUUUCAAAUAGUUCAUUGAUGUCCAUUGGUUCUUUGCUAAAGGACUGCACAUUUGAAAUUACAGGAAAAGGUCCAUUCAAAGAUGAAUUUGUCACUGCUGGUGGUGUUCCUUUAUCUGAGAUUUCACUUAAUACAAUGAAAAGCAAAUUUUGUUCAAAUCUGUUCUUUGCUGGAGAGAUACUGAAUGUUGAUGGGGUAACUGGUGGUUUCAAUUUUCAGAAUGCUUGGUCGGGAGGAUUUAUUGCAGGAACCACUAUUGGUGGAUUAGCACUUGGCUCUUGUGUCUAGGUUCAAAGUGAAAAUUGAUUUGUAAUCUUUUCUAGAUGUUCUAGAUGGGUGGUAUUGGAGUUGCAUCAUGCUUUUUUGGGCCAACUUGGUUUUUCCUUUAUGGAACAAGUAUAUUUAUAUUAUUCUUUUUGGAUUUACUUUUCAUUUUUUUUCCUAAUCAUGAACAGUAUAGUGGAUGAUAUUUUAAAUUUGAAGUGUUAUUAUUGUUAGUGAUUUCAUCAA